AUGUUUAAGGUUGUUGCUCAUGGUGAUGAUAUGGGUAAUAAUUAUGUAGAUAAUUUGGCGAAAAUUGCACAUACUGAUCAAGAUCACUAUAUAGUUUUACGACAGAACGCUUGUAUGAUGAAAGUUCUUCCUUGUUGGAAUGGAAUUAUUAUUGAAAAUAAGCUGCGCUCAUUUUUGAAAAAUAUAUGCAACUACAAAGGUUUAGAAAAUUUUAUUAAUUUGAAUAGAAAUUCUAAAUAUCGCACGCUAGAAGUCGACUGGACAUCCACAUUUAGUUGUUUAAAUUGUGACAUAAAUAACAAUGAAACUUCUGUUUCUUCUUCUAAAACAAAAGCUCAAAAAGUUCACUUGUUAAUUGAAGAAAUUCCUACAAUUGAACAGAUGAAGAAAUCAUUGUUUGACUUAUAUGAUGGUUGGAUGUGCCCUAUAUGUGGUCUACAAGACGAAACCUUUAAUCAUGUCUGGACGUGUAGUGGUAAUUAUGAUAUUAUUAACAACAUUCGAGAUAAGACUAUUGAUCAUCUCUUAACUUGGAUAUUAGAAUAUAAUGAUAAUAUACAAGAUUUUAAUGCUCUUAUGGCACUUGAUAUAUGGGAUAUAUCUUAUGAUCCUAACAUGUUUACUUUUAUUGACUUGAUUAAAGGUAUUAUACCUAUGUCACUUUCAGAAUUAUUGAAUUCCUGGACUACAAAGAAAAAUGUUGUUGAUGUUUUGGUUCAAAUGAGACAGUUUAUUUUUAAUGCUAUAUUCGAAGAAGUUUGGAUUCCAAGGUGUUCGCAUUUGAAGGAAUUUGAACAUUCUAUAGGAUUAACUAAAAAGAAAAAAUUAGAAUUCAAAAGCGUUCAUUCAUUACCUAGUAAUAAUAGUAGUUAUACUAAUAAUAUUCAUUAUGAUUCUUUAGAUAGUGUUAGGAAUUACAUUUAUUUUGGGUCAAUUUUACUUUCUUCUGCAGGGCGGGCUUCAACUUACCAAGUUUCGGCUAGUGUAUGGGAGAUAGCAAAUUACGAAUUAGAUGCUUGGAAAGAAAAACACAAUAAGUUAGAAGAAAGUGUUAAAGUUUUAAAAGAGGAAAAAAAGUUUGCAGAUGAACAAAUAAUAUCUUUAGAAAAAGAAAAAAAGAUAGCAGAUAAACAAAUAAUAUCGCUGGAAAAAAAUAUAAAGAAAGCAGAAGAACAAAUAAUAUCUCUAGAAAAUGGUGUAAGAAAAUUUAAAGAUCUGGAGAAGAAUAAAAACAACGAAAUAUAUAAGAUGUUGAAAAAAGUUGUAUACAUAGAAAGGCUUGAAGUCAAAUGGAAUUAUAAAUACAGAACAGUUCGAGCUAGGAUCCACUUAACAAAAGAAAUGCAAAAUAAAAUAUUAUUUGAUAUAUUUAACAACGAGAGUGACUUAUUAAAGGCAAUUUAUAAAUCCACAAUGGAAGAAGAUAUGGGAAAAGGACUUCAAAUGAAAAGUCAAGAUGAGCUAAUUGGCGAAGAGGAUAGAUUUGUUGAUGCCAAAUCUGAUGUCCUAUCAACAAUACCGAGGACCAAAGAAGAACAUGAAGAGCUCAAUGUAUUGAAUAACAAUUUUAGUGAAAGAUUAGAAGAGGUUAAUAAAAUAUCAAGCUUGCCGGAAGAGAAAGGGAAGACAAUCGAGGAUAAAGACAAGAUUAACAAGAAUAAAAAAUGUGAAGAAAUUCUUGGGCCGAUGCUUGGAUCUGACUGA